GAGAGCGGCGGAGGAGCGGCCUAUAUAGAGCGGGGACAGUGGACUCAAGCGAGACCAGCAGAGAGAGCCACCUUUAACUUCUGAAAACCUGCAAAUAGAGCGCUGGGUGAAGAUGAAGGUUCUCCUUGCCGUCGCUGUGCUCGUGUUGGUGCUGGUUGCCCACUCAGAGGCCGAGGAGGAGCCCACCCUGCAGGAGCACUUCACUAACCUUCAACAGCACGUGAAAGACCUGGGGGAGUCCUUCCUGGAGAAGGCCAAGGCCGCCAUUCAGAAAAUCCAGGAGAGCACAAUUGCCACCAAUGCCAGGAACUGGCUCAACGAACAGAUGGAGAAGCUAAUGCCGAAAGACAGCUAGACCCUCCAGAAGGAAUAAGCUGCUGCUGCUGCUGCUGAAGACUUAACAUGCUCCUUUCUCUCCUCUCUUCUCAUCGCUGCUCCCGAUGUCACCGAAGGAUCGGCUGCGCUUGUGGUGUCAAAUCUUGCCUUCGAAUCCAAUUCCGAAACGAAACGCGGAAACAUUAAUAAAACGCCAGCACAAAAUUGUGAAGGCGGUGAUUGUUUCGGAAGCACUUCAAUGAAAUAACGUCUUCGCCGCACGCUUCUGCUGCACGUAAUCCAGAAGUUUAAACAACAGUUGUUUGCAGAAAGAAACGCUACAUUGCACGUAACAUUUGCACUUUUAUAUCCCGGGUGUACGCGGGGUUUUCGGAACAAACGUGCCGACUGAAGGAUUACUGUACUUUUCUCAUGUGCCUGUUUUAAAAAUGUUCAUCUCGAAAUAAAUGAUUACCGUCUGA